UCUAAUAUACGCAACCUUCCUCAACCAUCUGUUUUGCUGGUGUUUAGAUGUCAGUGCAAUGCAUGUAAUUACCUUGUCACCGAUGUCACUCACCGUUGUUUAGACUGCGAGGACGGUGAAUUUGAUAAAGGCAACCGCCCCAUACGAGGCAACUGAUAACACAUAUGUAGAUGAUUACGAUCUGUGUACAGAGUGUGAAUCUCUGCCGGUUUCAAAACACAAAUAUCCAUCCAACCACAAGUCGACACACAACAUGCUUGUUUUCCGUGCCUCGCUACCAUAUGUCGUCUAUAAAAGAGCCAACUAUCAUGCCAGAAAUACUCCGCUGCUCCAUACAGCACCGUUAAAAGGACCAUCACGAGAAGAUGAAUCCUCGACACAAUCUGAUGGACCAGAACUUCCGCGUUCGACAGAAGCCACUCAAGAGGACAUGUCUACCACCUCUGUCAAUUUCCGGGAAGAUCAAGAGAAGUCAAGCGGAGACGCAAUAGUGGCACUCAGUGGGACAGUCGCAACCUCAGUUGCAAAUGAGGAUGCCUAUACUUGUACUGAAUGUGGCAUUAAACUGGGCAUUUAUUAUGCAUGCCUUCACUGCGCAGAACACACCCUGAUUGCCCUAUGCGGUGAUUGCGCAUUCCGUGAUGAAUUCACCGUGGUCACACAGCACCACCCUUAUAAACACUGGCUGGUCAAGAUCAAAGACAAGGUUCAAGACACAGAUGGAACCUCAGACGAGCCUGUGGAUAACUUGGACCAAACAGGUGCUUUGGCAUCACCUUCCUCUGACUCACGAGUCGAUCACUUGAACCUAGUUGCAAUGGUAGAAUCUCGCUUUACUGAGCUUGAUCUCCGUAUUAGUGGCCUUGCCACCCAAGUUGACCAGCUUAUGCAUAGUCUAGCUGAAUUGACGGGAAAGGCACAACCUCUCUCGGGGUCCGCAAAUGGAUUGGUUGGCUCAUAGAGCAGUCUGCCGUCGAUUCCCUUUUUUCUGAUUAUUGAUAUUGGUUUGUAGCCUUGUAGAUAUUUCAUGCAGCAGCACCGACUUACAAGCGCGUGUCUUUUGUGCUUCGUACACGAUGAUGACAAUGAUGAAAUAAAAAUGACCAUUUCCUUGCGUG